UGCCUCUAUCAGUUCUGAAGUAGCUGGGUCUAAGUGAGAAGUGAAAAUGGCAACUCAGUUUUUAAUCCGAACUUCAUACAAAGCUGUGCGCUUGGCAGCAGCGAACCACGUCUCAAGAACUACAUUAAGAGCUAUGUGCACUGCCAAGGGCAUCCCAACCAAUGAGGAGCAAGCCACAGGGCUGGAGCUCCGAGCUCUGUUGGCCCAGAAGAAGGGAAAGGACCCAUAUAGUAUUUUCAGGCCUAAGGAGUAUGCAGGAACCAGUGAGGAUCCACAUAUUGUUCCUUCCAUCGGCGACAAGAGACUGGUUGGCUGCCUCUGUGAGGAAGAUAACACUGCCAUUGUCUGGUUCUGGUUACAUGAAGGGAAUCCAGAGCGUUGUCCAUCAUGUGGAUCACAUUACAGACUGAUUCAUGAAGAGCUUCCACAUUAAACAGGGGAGCAGAUAUCCAAAGAAACCAUUCAUUCAAUGUCUUGUUAUUAAAUGGGGAUGUGUGCUCUUUAAAUAAUUAAGCAAUUCAAUGUGUGUAUGUCUGAAUUGUGUAUUCAUUUUGUUUCCCAACUGUGUUAAGAUUCUGUCAGGACUUUAUCAUACGGCCUCCAAUGUGGUACAGCUGUGCUAUUGGUUUCAAUGUUGUAGUUCCUCUUGUAAGUCAUAUUUUCUGCGUCUUUCACCUUUCCAGUUUAAGUAAAGCCAGAUUCGGUCUUUUCCUUUCCACUGCAAAUGUACAAUCGGUGCCACCCAAAACGAACAAGACAGCUUUAUAAUGAUGCUGCUUGAGAAACUUUGAAGCUUUUGCACCUUGAAGAAAAAGUAUUGUCAAUUAAAAGUUUGACUUCUUUGAGGGUU